GCAUUCUCCUAUAUAAAGUCUUCCCCCCCAAAUACUCGGAAACAAACUCCACCACUCUCAAAAAUGGCUCCCCACCAAUUCACAGCUCUCCUCCUCAUUCUAUCCUCACUAUCCCUUCUCCUAAUCUCACCCGCCCGUUCCCUAACAUGCACCUCACAGACCUUCACAAACAACCACCUCUACGCCAACUGCACGGACUUGCCCACCCUCACCGCCUACCUCCACUGGACCUACAAUCCCUCCAACUCCUCCCUCUCCGUCGCCUUCAUCGCCCCUCCGGCCCAGCCCGCCGGCUGGGUCGCCUGGGCCCUCAACCCCACCGGCUCCGGCAUGGUCGGGGCCCAGGCGCUCGUCGCCUUUAAGAAAUCGAACGGUUCCAUGACCGUCCAGACUUACAACAUCACCUCGUACGGCUCCAUCGCCCAGUCGGCGAUCGCGUACAAGGUCUCCGGAGCCAGCGCGGAGUACUCCGGCGGCGUGAUGAAGAUGUUCGCCACGCUGGCAUUGCCGGGGGGAACGACGUCGGUGAACCAGGUCUGGCAGGUGGGGCCGUCGGUCACGAACGGCGUGCCGGACAAGCACGCGUUCCAGGCAGCGAAUUUGAACGCUAAGGGGGUUUUGGAUCUGGUGAGCGGUGGCGGCAGUGGAGCUCCGGCGCCGGCGCCGGAAGCGUCGGCUCCGGCGCCGGUUGCGGGAGGUCCGGGAGGACCGGCUCCGAGUGGUGGUAAUGGAUCGGGGGCUUCGAGGGUUGGAAAUGGUAGCUUGGGGUUUUUGAUGUUUUUAUUUCUUGCAAGUUUUAUGGUUUGUUUUUAGAUACUGCUAUCCUAGCAUAAUUGUUAUUGUCUCAUUUUUUGCAAGUAAUAAUUAUCGAAAUACUUCAAUUUUA